AUGGAGAGGGAUAACAAACUAAAUCCACCAUGGUUGGAACCUCUACUAGAUAUUGAUUUUUAUGGACAUAAUUGUAUAUGUGAGGUACAUAAUCAAUAUUGUACAUUUUUUUGUAAAAAGUGCACAAACAAACCUCUUUGUGAAUCAUGUUGGAGGGUAGAUGCAGAAGCUGAACAUGAACUUCACCUAUUUUUACAGAUAUUUAAAGUAUCGGAAAAAGCAUCCGUUCGAAAAGCUGAUAUAGAAAGUGAGGUAGAUGUUAGGAAAAUUCAGCCAUAUAUAAUAAACAAUCACAAAGUUAUAUUGCUGAAACCAAAAGGAGGAAACGGGGGAAAUCCCAAGUGUGUCAUAUGCCAAGGAAAAAUAAAGGAUGAAUUCUAUCAAUAUUGCUCUAUUUCUUGCAAAAUUAUUGGAGAUAUAGACCAACUCGAAAUUGUUGAAGAAAAUGGCCCACGAAAAAGAAGAAAGAGAAGGCCCUGUAGAUCACCUUUGUUUUAG